UGUUUUGCUGGAACUGCAGCAGAUAGCUAUUGGGUCUGCAAGUUGGUGAGUUCAGAAUUAAAACUUCUUCAGCUAGAAACAAAAAAACAGUGCAGAAUAAUCACAGCUGUAAGACUAAUAAAACAGCUUCUUUUCCAAUAUCAAGGUAUGUUGGAUGUCUGUUUGAUAGUUGGAGGUGUUGACAUUCACGGGUCACACAUGACCACUAUAUAUCCCCACGGAUCAUCAGACAGACUUCUAUAUUCAGCUAUUGGUUCGGGAUCCAUGUCAGCCAUGUCGGUAUUCGAAACAAGAUUUAUACCAAAUAUGACUCAAUGUGAAGCCUCAAGAUUAAUAUUGGACAGUGUAAGUGCCAGCAUAUUCAAUGACUUAAGAAGUGGCAAAUCCAUAGAUAUUGUUGUCAUUCUAAAAGAUCGCUUUUCACAAAUGAAUAAAAUUGUGCAUACUAAAGACGAAAGGUAA